UGUUCGAUUGUGAGAUAGAUUCUACUAGCAGUAGCUACAACAGUCACAAGCCUUGAAGCGAACCUCUUCCUCCCAACACCACCACAUCAGUUUCCUUGCUCCCAGAUCCAGAAAUCUCAGAUAGUAGCAGGAGCUUCGAAGCAAUGGAGGCUGCUCUUGUGAGCGUUGGCACCGGGGUGAUGAAGCCGCUCCUGUCCAAGAUCUACAAUCUGCUGAAGGAAGAGCACAGCAAGUUCAAGGGCGUGCGCCGCCAGAUCGAAGAAACCAAAGAUGAGAUGAGCGGCAUGGAGGCUGCUCUGGAAGUGCUCGCAGACGCUGAGCAGCUUGACGCUGAGAUGAGAGCUUGGAAGGAGGAUGUCCGCGAGCUGUCGUAUGAUAUGGAGGAUUGCGUUGAUGACUUCAUCGCUCGCGUUGACCACGAGCGUGGUAGAUCUACAGGCCUCAAGGGGUUCUUUGACAAGCUGAAGAAGCUCAAACCUCGCCACGAGAUCGCCGGGGAGAUUGAGAGGCUCAAAGCCCGGGCUAUCGAGGCAAGCAAGAGGCAUAAGAGGUAUAAACUUGACCGCCAGUCACCUGGCUCUACCACCACUUGUGACAUUGAUCCCAGGCUGCACGCUCUUUAUGCGGAGGUCGGCGAACUUGUUGGCAUCAAAGGUCCUAGGGAGCACAUCCUUGAGUGGUUCAAGAGUGAAGCUUCUUCUACACAGCUUCGAGUGGUGUCAAUUGUUGGUCCAGGUGGUCUUGGUAAGACGACACUCGCAAAUGCAGUUUUCGAGACCAUCAAAAGCGAAUUCAGUUGCUCAGCUCUAGUUUCAGUUUCUAGAAAGCCUAACAUGAAAAAUAUUCUAAGAGACAUUGCUGAAAGAGUGCGGGUCGAGGAUUACACUUACAAUGAUGACGAGCGGCAGCUCAUUGACAAGCUAAGAGAGCACCUCCGAAAUAAAAAGUACCUUAUUGUGAUUGAUGAUAUAUGGGACACAGAAGCAUGGAAAACCAUUAGCCACGCAUUACUGAAUAACAAUAAUGGGAGCAGAAUUAUUACUACAACACGUAAUAGCACAGUUGCAUCAUUUUGUUCUUCUCAAGGGGAUUACGUUUAUAGACUGGAGCCCCUCAAUUUUGCUGACUCGAGAAGACUAUUUCUUGAAAGAGCGUUCCGUUAUGACUGUCUAUGCCCCCCUCAUCUAAAGGAAAUACUUGAAAGGAUAUUGGAAAAAUGUGCGGGGUUGCCAUUGGCUAUCAUUACCAUGUCUGGUUUGCUGGCUGAUCAAACUGCAGAAGAAGAGUGGAACAGGGCACUAGCUGCUAUUGGUUCUUCACUUGCAAAGGAACCUGAUGCUGGGGACAUGACCAAGAUAUUAUCGCUCAGUUAUUUUGAUCUUCCUCACCCUAUGAGAACUUGUUUGUUGUAUCUCAGUGCAUUCCCAGAAGAUUAUAUCAUCGAGAAACACAGUUUGAUAUAUAAAUGGAUAGCUGAAGGAUUCGUCUGUGAAGUACGAGGGCGUAGUACAUAUGAAGUAGGUGAAUCUUAUUUUAAUGAUUUCAUUAACAGGAGCUUAAUCCAACCAGCUAAGUUAAUGGACAACGGCCAGGUGGUGGCAUGCAGAGUUCACGACAUUAUUCUCGACUUCAUCACAUGCAUGGCCAAAGAAGAGAACUUCAUGACGUCAUUUGGUGAUGCAGAGCAGGGGAAGAAACACAAGGUUCGUAGGCUCUCUGUCAUGAGUCGCAAGUAUGAAAUGGCUACCAUGUCAUCAUGGGAUCUCUCUCAUGUUCGAUCGCUUGCUACGUUUGGGUCUUUUGGGCAGAAUUCUCUAGUGGAGUUCCCAGCUCUUCGUGUGUUGGACCUAGGAGAAUGCGAGGAUUUACAAAGUCAUCAUCUGGAAAAUAUUGAAAAGCUACUUCUUCUCAAGUACUUGCGUCUCAGAAUUGCGGAGAUACCGGAAGGAAUUGGAAAACUGAAGUAUUUAGAAACACUGGACAUGCGUGGUAUGCGCAUUAGAAAACUGCCGUCUACCAUGACACGGCUUCAAAGGUUGACCCGUCUAUAUGCUGACUUGGACCCUAGUUGCUUAUCGGAUGGAAUAAUUGGACAGCUGCAGAGCUUAGAAGAGCUAGAGAAUGUUUUUGUCCCCGAUGCUGAACUAGAGAGAUUUCUGCGGGAACUUGGUCAGCUAAGCAAGCUAAGGAAGUUGAGCGUAAAUGUGACAGAAGCAUUUGAUUCCAAGGAAAAGGAGGAUGCUGUAAGGUUUAUCGGAACUUUAAUAUCUUCCUACAAUAUUCAUCUUCUGAGAAUAACCUACGGGCCAAACUUGCCCUUCGAUCCUAUGCCGGACCUCCUGUUUCUGUCACUGGAGCCAUGGUGCCCCGCUAAUCCUGCUGCAUUCCGGAAGAUCUGGUUCGCUAACUGCUACAUUGACAAGAUUCCAAGUUGGAUGGUCUCGCUUGUGAAUCUCCGUAAUUUAGAUAUCUGUAUGUACCGUACAGGGCCAGAAGACGUGGCAGUCCUUGGCGGAAUACCCGCUUUGGCUUUUCUGACACUCGAGACUUGGUAUGGCAGAAAUGGAAGGAUCUUCAUCCGUGGAUUCAGAAGUCUGAAAUACUUCAAACUAGAGGUCAAGUGCUGUGGCACCGCAGUGGAAUUUGAAGAGGGGUCGAUGCCUAUGGUCGAGCACCUCCAGCUUGGAUUAAAGGGUCAUAACAGGGAGUGCGUCAAUUAUGCUACUGAUUUCGGCAUCCAGCACCUCUCCACCCUCACCAAGGUGGAUAUCAAUAUUGAUGGCAACAAUGGAAAAAUUAAAAGACUUAUCGAAACCGCUCUCCGGAAACUUCGCUACCGCCUCACUCUGUCAGCAAGUGGAGAGCGUUGUAACCAUUUUGAAGAACUUUUCACAGAAUUGUACUUUCGUAAAGCUGGGAGUAGUGUUCAACAAAAGAGGGAAGGUGCCUUUUGUUCUUUUCUGGAUCGAGUAUUCGAAGAGAUUAACCAGGAUGCUUUGUCUCGUUUGAUGGUGCUGGACGUGCAACGGGCCCACCAUGUGCGGUCUCGGUCGAUUUAGAUACCGGAGACAUGUGUUUGCUGCUGAUUUAUUUGUUACGAAUUCGUGGUUUGCGUUCAACUUUGAGCUGCAAUAAGCGGUGGUGUACUGUAUUGCAUCGCAUGUGGAGAGGAGCGUUUUGGGCGAGGUCAGUCGCGUGGAAAAGUCUCGUAUUUACCAUACUAGCUAAUUGCACAUAUGUUCUAACGAGACAUACACACUCUAGUGGUUCAACAUCAAUUGUGUCCUACAUAAAUCGAGACAUAAGUCCGGAUCUUAGUGGAUGAGGAAUGGCUGAGAUCCCUGGGAAUGGCUUGACUGGAUCUCUUUUACCAUGAAUUACAAUGUUUAGUCAGUCCUUGAUCUUUAAAGGUGCUCUGCAUUUAUGUUUUGCGGUCUCAGAAAGGGCUAGCGAGAUACCAUUUUGUUAUAUCAUGUUAUGAUUGUUUUGAGAAAGUGUUGUCAUCCGAGUUUUAUUAUUAUGG